GGUCUCGUUCAUGUAUAAACACGCCCCAUUGUUGUUAAAAUCGAAUAAUCGAUGUCGAAGAUAGUGUUAAAAAAUGUCGGAAGUAAUUAACCCUGGCGACAUCAGAGCUGGUUGCAUAUACAGGAUAUCCCUGAGAAAUUUUGUAACUUUUAGGAAAGUGACACUGUUUCCUGGUAAAUCCUUAAAUUUAAUUAUUGGUCCCAAUGGCACGGGCAAAUCCACACUUGUAGCUGCUAUCAUUUUGGGCUUAGGAGGAAGCCCCAAAGCCAUCGGAAGAGAAAAAAGGUUAGAACAAUUUGUGAAGACCGGAACCAGUGAGGCGAAAAUUGACAUUGAAUUGUAUCAAAAGCCGCAGCAGAGAAAUGUUAUUAUAACAAUGACGUUUAACAAAAAGAGUUCUAUAACUUGGUACAUAGAUAACAAAACUGUGGACAAAAAAAGGGUACUUGAGUUAAUUGAAAACUUACACAUACAGGUGGAAAACUUAUGCCAGUUUCUUCCUCAAGACAAAGUUCACGAAUUCUCCGCAAAACAACCUCCAGAACGCUUACGCGAUACCUUGGCCACAGUUGGAGCUCCAGGGAGUGUGGAACAGUUAAAAGAUUUGAAGGCAUUAAGAGCUGAACAAAAGGAGUUAGGGACCUGGCUACACAACAAUCAGAAAGAGCUCCAGGAACUUGAAAGGAGAAACAAUACAUUAAAAAAAGAUAUUGAAGUAAUGAAGGAAAGAAAAAAAAUCGAGAAGGAGAUAGAAGUUUGCGAAGCGAAAAAGCUUUGGCUUGAAUACCUAGAGUUAAGAGACAAGGUCGGGGAAUAUGAUCGGGAUAGUAAAAAGCAAGCACGUAGAAAAAAUAAUUUUGAAAAAAUUAUCGAACCACUCAAAAACGACUUGGAAAACGUUAAAAAAGAAGUAAAUGGUUUAGAGCAAAUAAAACAAGCUGUUAAUACGGAAAUACUAGCUAUACAAGAGCAAAUAACAGAAACUUUUGACUCUAUAAAAAACCAAGCAGGACAACUUGAACUUGUUAAGGCGGCCUCACAAAAAAGAAAGGAAAGAUACGAAAAUAGAAAACAGGAACUAAUUGAAGAGAGAUCUAAGUUGGACAAAUUGAACAUGGACAAAGUGUCGCUCCGCGAAAAAUUGGGAGAUCAAAAUGAUUUGAAAGAGGAUCUUGCCAAAACACAGAAACAGAUAGGCGUAACAACGGCUGCUUUACAACAAUUCAAAUAUCAAAAAUUAAACUUGAAACACGAAAUUGACCAUAACAUUACACCGCAGAUCCGACAGUACCAGGAAAGAAUAAGAAAAUUGGAAGACGUCAAUGAGGAACGACUUAGAAUACUAGAGAGAUCCAAACCGGACACUUAUAAAGCUGUCAUGUGGUUAAGACAGCAUUUGAACCUGUUCGAAGAGGAAGUGCAUGAGCCAAUGAUGCUUAAAAUAAACUUCUCCGACCCGAAAUACGCUCGGUACUUAGAAUCUACUGUACCUGCGAGGGAUCUGAUUGCGUUCACAUUUGAGUCGACCAGCGAUAUGAAUCAGUUCCUGAAAAUCGUUCGGUCCCAAGACUUGAGACUAGUGAAUGCUGUGCAGAGUAAGGGACUACCGGAAAAAUCCGAUGAUAUCAGACGUUUGAGCUACCUCGGUUUCCAAACGUACCUCGUCGACACAAUAACUGCUCCGGAUGCUAUAUUAAGAUUUCUUUGCAAGCAGUACAAAAUACACAAGAUACCUAUCGGUAACCAGCAUACCUACGACAACAGUGACAGAGUGCCUCCAAACAUUACAAAGUUCUUUACAGAAAACCACUUAUUUACGAUACGCGUUUCGUCGUACAGCGGUAUUAAAUCUAGUUCUACAAGGGAGAUAUCAUCCGCGAAUCUAUUGGCUAAUUCCCUCGAUGCCGAACAAAUCAACAGUUUGAGAAAUCAAUUAGCCGAGUUACAAAGUACCGAGUCGAUGAACCGUCUUAGUAUCGAUGAAAUAAACAAGAAGUUAGACAUCUUAGAGAAUAACCUCAGAGAACUGAACGGCACAAGAGAAUAUAUCGAGUCGUGUAUUGAUAAGAUAACAUCAAAUGUACGAAAAAUUAAUUUGCAAAUAGAAAAGGUCAACGAUCUGACUAAUGAUUGCACAUUCGACUUAGAGGAUGAAAUUGUUAUGUGCAAAUUAAAAUGCAAGGAUUGUGCCCUAAAACAGUGCAGAUUACAUCAAGAGUUGUGUGGCAUUAUGAAAGCCAUGCAGAAAAAAAUUAUGAAAAAGGAGUUAUGCUCGGUGAAAUUGAAUAUCAGCAGAGAGGCGAUAUUGGACCGCGAUGCACAGUUACGAGAACGUUUAAAGGAAAGCCGUGAAAUUGAGGAAGUAUUGCAAAGAAUACAAAAUCUGCUAGAUGCCGCUAAGUCUUCUGCGAAACAGAAGCAGAUUGAAAUAAAACAGUGUUGUAAAAACAAGCUGCCGAAUGAACCUGAAUUUCCCAAUAAGGAGAUGUUUGAUGCUCUGCCGUCUGAACAGCAGGCGUUAGACACGCUUUGCUGUGAACUAAGGACCAGGAUGGGUCUUUUGGAUGCAGGAGAUGAGCAGGUGAUCAAGCAAUACGAGGAACAAGAAAAACAGAUCAAUAAACUGCAAACAACAUUAAAAAAUUCAUCAAGAAACACCAAGGAACUAGAGAACAAAUUGAGAAGAAUAAAGGCCCAAUGGCUGCCGUCACUGGAAAAAUUGAUUCAGAACAUCAAUGCAAAGUUUUCAGAGAUGUUUGCAAAUCUAAACUGCGCUGGGGAGGUCAAACUUGUGAAGGACGGCAGCGAGGACGACUUCGACAAGUACGGCAUCGACGUCCUCGUGAAGUUCCGUGCGGAAGAGCAGCUAUCGCGUCUGACGAACUACGAGCAGUCUGGUGGCGAGCGCGCACUCACCACCGCUGUCUAUCUGAUGGCGUUGCAGGCCCUGACGUCUGACGUACCUUUCAGGUGCGUGGACGAGAUAAACCAAGGCAUGGACGCAGAAAACGAGCGCCGUAUGCUAGAGAUGCUGAUAGAAAUCACUACCUCGGGCAAAGCAUCUCAAUACUUCUUGUUAACACCUAAGCUGCUGCCCAACCUACGAUACAAUGAAAAAGUGACUAUCCACACUGUCAUGAACGGAAAGCACAUAAUGGACUACAAGGACUGGGAAUAUGAAAAGUUCCUCGAGAAUGCUCGCCGAUACAGGCCUUCGUGAAUUCACUCAAGUCAGUCAGUCGAGUAUCGGUAAAUCGGUACCGAAGGUAUUCUUACUAAGGGUCUAGGUAGGAACAGGAGUUUUCAGCAAAAUUGUAGUCCGGCCGUUGAAAUAAUGCGUUCCUGACAGGUCUUGAUUGAAUGGAUGAUGUAACUUUGAAGUACAGUUGAUAAAAGCAUUUCUAUUUUUAUUACACUCACUUUUUUACAAAUCCUGUUGGAACCGUUUGUUUUCCUGGGAUAUAAAGUAGCCUAUAUUGUUUUCGGGUCUUACUAACUCUCUGUCAAAAAUCAACUUGAUUGGUUGCCUAGUUAGGACGUGAAGGAACGCCAAACAAACAAACACACUUUCGCAUUUAAAUAUAGUAAGGAUUUUUCCUAAAAUAAAGUUUAUCAUUAAGGACCAUUGUACUGCGAUGUUGCAAGGUUCAAGGUAAGGCAAGGUGAACUGUUUAUUUUGUUUUAUGUGUCCAUUUGCCAAAUGUUAGAGUAACGCAUGCUCCCAGCGGCCGGAUUACAAGGCAUUCUCAACAUGCCCCUCUGGAAAGAAUUCAUGAUUAAGUGUUUUACAGGUUAGCCUGUUACCAUCUUAAGACUGCAACAUCACUUACCAGGUGAGAUUGCAGUCAAGGGCUAACUCGUACGGGAAAAAUAGUACAAAUUUUUGAAGUUUUAUAAACCAUAUUCGAUGCUAAGUUCUGCCUUAUAUAAACAGCAGUUUCAACGUUAAAAGAAUGUCCCUAUGACAAGUCCAGGUUGAAUGAACGAUGUAACAUUUAAGUGACGUUGCUUAUCUAUUAAAAUAUUUUUAUUGUUUAUCUGCCCUACUUACUGAUUACUUUAA